AUGGUGCAGAUGAUGGAGUCGCAGUGCGAGUACUUCAUGUAUUUCCCGGCGGUGCCGAUCACCGACCUGUCGGACCCGGCCCGGUACCGAACCCUGCCCCGCCGGAGUCACCUCUACCUGGGAGAGACGGUCCGCUUCCUGCUGGUGCUGCGCUGCAGGGACGCGGGGGCGACACCGACCGAGCCCGGCCCCGCAGUGGGCGUUGAUGGCACCGCACCCGGUUUUGGGACGGAGUCGGCCAGUAGCCGGGCGUGGAGGGAGCUGGCCGGCUCUCUGUGCGCCGUGGCCAGCGUGAGUCCGGGUGAAAGUAGCCGCCAUCGAGGCCAUCAUCACCACGACUACCAGAGCAGCGGGGACGAGGCCAACGAGGACGGCGAGGAGGACUACAUCGCGGCGGCGGAGGCAGCCAUUGCGGCGCUCGGCAGCCGGGUGGACUCCCGGUGUCGGAGCUUCAGGGACUGCAAACCGCUGCUCAUUCACAACUCAUCUGGGACGGCGGCCAGGGAGUUCCGCAGGGCACCUGUUCAGUCUCCUCUGGACGAGCCGGUGGUUCUGACGGAUGAAGUGAUCUUCCCCCUCACCGUCUCUCUGGACAAACUCCCCGUCAGCACGCUGAAGGUCAAGGUGAUGGUGACGGUGUGGAAGAAGGAGGCAGAGAAAGCGGAGGUUCAGGAACUCGGCUACCUGAGCGUCCUGCAGCAACGAGAGCCAACACAAACCUUCAGACACGACCUGAACACCUUCAAAGCUCAGGUGAGCACCACGCUGACCGUCCUGCCGCCUCCCACCGUCCGCUGUAAGCAGAUGACCGUCUCUGGGAGGCACCUCGCCGUCCUCAAAGUGUUGAAUGAGUCGUCUCAGGAGGAGGUGAGUGUUCGGGAUGUUCGUAUUCUACCGAACCUGAACGCCUCGUACCUCCCCGUGAUGCCCGACGGCUCCGUGCUGCUGGUGGACAACGUGUGCCACCAGUCGGGUGAGGUCGGCAUGGCGUCUUUCUGCAGAGUGGACAGCCUGACCUCCAGACUCCCCAGCAUGCUCAGCGCUUUAGAGGAGCACGACUUCCUGUUCCAGCUGCACCUCAACGACAUGCCGCAGGACGACUCCAACGAGGGUCUGGAGGUUCCCCUCGUCGCCGUGCUGCAGUGGUCGACUCCCAAGAUGCCUUUCACCAACUGUAUCUACACCCACUACAGACAUGUCAACAUCCGUCUGGACGAGCCUCGGUUCGUGAUGACGGCCAGCUGUCCGAGCACCGUCACGGUGAAAGAACACUUCAAGGUCAAAUACGUUCUGCUCAACAACCUGCAGGACUUCCUGGCUGUGCGUCUCGUCUGGACUCCAGAGGGUCGAGGUCAGACUGACGAUGCCUCUCUGGCCGCUGUGGUCUGUCACUCUCCGCUCAGUAACCUGGGUCAGUGUCGGAGAGGCAGCACUCUGUCCUUCAGCGUGGCCUUCCAGAUCCUCAGACCAGGACUCUACGAGCUGAGUCAGCAUAUGAAGUUGAAGCUCCAGUUCACGGCCUCGGUGUCGAACCCUCCACCCGACGCCCGGCCGCUGUCACGUAAAAACAGCCCUUCCAGCCCGGCGUUCAGAGACCUGCUGGACCGGCACCAGGCCAGUCUGGGUCGAUCCCAGUCCUUCUCCCACCAGCAGCCGUCUCGCUCCCACAUCAUGAGGACGGGCAGUGCCAUGGAGCGGCGGGCCAACCCCCCAGUUGGCUCUCCGGUCGGUCGGCCGCUCUACCUGCCGCCACAGGACAAGUCGCUGCUGUCACUGGACAAGAUCGCCAAGAGGGAGUGUAAAGUCCUGGUGGUGGAUCCGGUCAGCUAG